CGAUGUCUCGCGUCAUUGCUGUUAUUCAUGUUGGGAUGCGGUGAAAAAAUGGUAUUAGGAGAAUAGGAAAAAAAUUGAAAAAUCAUGAGCACGAUUAAUUGGUCGGAGCUCUUUCCAACUAAAUUGAGUGCCAUUAUAUUCAUCCUUUACAUUGCGUUGUUUGUCAAUCAAGGAAUUAUUAUAACAUGGUCUCAGAAUAAAGGAGAAUAUGAUUACAACAUUGUCAUUGUUGUUCUUAUGACUGAAGUCCUUAAAUUAGUUAUUUCAGCUGUUUUGUACUGCAAAGAAAAUAGUUUGGCAAGCUUAGCGAAUGAAGUUUUCAAGCAUAAAAGGGUGCUAUUACUGUAUAUGGUUCCAUCCUCUCUCUACUGUCUAUAUAACAAUUUAUCAUUUGUGAAUCUUGCUGCAUUUGAUCCUCCUACGUACUUCCUGCUUCUGCAACUACGAGUUGUUGUCACUGGAAUUAUAUUUCAACUUGUAUUUAAACAAAAAUUGUCAACCAAGCAAUGGCUAUCAUUAGUAUUAUUAACUUUAGGAUGUAUGAUAAAACAUCUGAAUCUGGACUAUGAGAAUUCACUAAUAAAAAGCAAUUUUCAGUUGAAUAUUAACAUAGUAUUUAUUUUCAUUCAGACAAUUUGUUCUUGCCUAGCAGGUGUUUAUAAUGAGUACCUGUUGAAAGGAGAAGGUGCUAAUGUAAAUAUCUUUGUACAAAAUGUUUUUAUGUACCUAGAUAGUAUAUUAUGCAACAUUGCUGUACUGUUUAUACAAGGUAAUUUUUUGGAAGCUUUCAACAAUUCAGGGUCUCAUAUAUUUAUGGAUCCUAAAGUUCUCUUGAUAAUGUUUAACAAUGCAGCAAUAGGCGUUAUUACAAGUUUUUUCUUGAAAAAUUUAAAUUCAAUUGUCAAGACUUUUGCCAGUGCCUUAGAACUUGUUUUUACUGCCUUAUUUUGUUGGUUAUUUUUUGGAAUUCCAAUUUAUUUGAAUACUGCUAUUGCAAUUACUAUAGUUAGCUAUGCAGUCAUACUGUACUCCCAGAAUCCAGUACAAAAUGUAAGAUCAAAAACGCAUGAUGUUACCAAUACCGAACAAAUCCAAGAAUUUAUUCCAAAACGCGAUUCACAAAUUGUUUAAAAAUGGAUCAUACUUCUUAUUACUCUAUCAUUUAGAUUUUUUAAGUGCAAAAUAAGUAUUUUUUUUGUUUGACUCAGUUCUUAUAUGAUUCAAUGUCACAUACAAACAAAUCUUUUACUGUUUAAAUAAUCUCUUAGAUGAGAUUCAACAUCAUGUUCAAUCAUAUGGUAAUACUGAUGUUUUAAAAUCCGAAUUAAAUAUUUUCAUCUCUAGUAUACUAGGUUUGCUUUUAUGUAAAAAUAUCUUUAAGAAUAUUCUUAUUAUUAUGAUGAACUGUUACAUAAUUAAUAUACUUUUUUGCACUUAGAAUCGAUUUUGUAGCGUACAAUCAAAGAAUACAGUUUUUAAUGACAAUAUCGUGAUUUAAUAGUUUUAAGAUACUUAGUUAAAUAAGAAAUUCAUUAUUUGAGUAUUAGCGAAAAUCAGUUAUUGCUGUAAAAAAUUUCUUCUUAUUAUUUUUAAUUUAAUUUAUUUCUAAACACACUGAACUUGAAACAAUCUUUUUAUAGACAUUUAUAUGAAUAACAAUUUCAAAUUUGAUUGUGUAAAUUAACUUUUUAAAGAUUUGGAGAAUUAUUCUGUACAAUAAAAAAUGGAAAUCUUUAGUGAUAAUAUUAGUAUUUUAGAUACGCAAAUGACAAGUUUCAUUGACAAGCAUUAUAGUAUUUAUAAAUAUAUAUUCUAAGCGUUUUUUUGAUAAUGAAAUGAUUUUGUUAUUAAUAUUUGAUUAUAAUUAUACAUUAAUAUAUAGUUCUACAUUUAGCAUGUUAUGUAUAUGAGAAAGACAUGAGUUGUGUAUAAAAGUGAAUGAACAACCUUUUUUUUAUAAAAUCAAACUGCGACUAAUGUGAAGAGUAUUUAUAAUAUAAACAUUUACGACAAACGAUACUUUGUUAUUUGAAAAUGUAGAAUGACCAAAGGCUUUGUUAAAUAAAAAAUUG